AUGGACGUGGGUGCCGACGAGUUCGAGCAGAGCCUCCCGAUGCUGCAAGAGCUCGUUCUCGGCGCCGACUUCGUGGGUCUGGAUAUAGAGUUCACUGGCCUUCGUUCUAACUUGGCUGGGCCCCAGCAGAUCAGUCUUUUUGAUUUGCCAUCGGAGUGGUAUCUAAAGGCCCGUCAAAGUGUUCAGCAAUUUACUGUCUGUCAGAUUGGAUUGUCUGUGUUUUCCUGUAUUGAAGGAGAGUCAAACAAGUACGUAGCCCAUUCGUGUAACUUCUUUCUCUUUCCUACAACAUUUGGAAUUUUGGAUUCAGAAUUCUCUUUCCAGGCUUCCAGUGUCCAGUUUUUGAAUCAGUAUGGCUUCAACUAUAACAAGUUUCUUAAAAAUGGAAUCCCAUAUAUGAAUGAAGAACAGGAGAAGAAAAUUAAACGCAAUAUCCUGACGGGGAAUUGGAGAGUUCGCAGUUUUCCAGAUAAAGACCAAAUCAAGGUGGUGAUUGAUGAAGUGACACAGUGGCUGGACCUGGCCGAAGAAGGCGACUGGAUGACUCUCCCUGGUAUCGCUGGGUUCCGGGCCUUUGAGGUCCAGUUGGUGCUAAGGCAGGCCCUCCCCAACAUCUGGACAGUGCUGCAAGAUGAAGGGGUGAUAGUGAGGAAGGUUAGCACACAGUACCGCUGGUAUCUGCAGAACACCUCUUGUGAUCCAGAGAGCCGUUGGAAGGAGAAGAUUCUUCUCUCCGCGAAGGGUUUUUCUGUCUUUUUCCAGAUGCUCGUGAAAGCCCAGAAGCCCUUAGUGGGACAUAAUAUGAUGAUGGAUCUGCUUCAUCUCCAUGAGAAGUUCCUCAGACCUCUCCCAGAAAGCUACGAUCAAUUUAAGCAGAAUAUCCACAACCUAUUUCCUGUUCUCAUUGACACCAAGAAUGUGACAAAGGAUAUCUGGAAGGAACUGAAUUUCCCAAGGGUUUCAAAUCUUUCAGAAGUAUACGAAGUCCUAAACAGUGACUUAAAUCCCACCAAGAAUUCUGGACCAGUGAUUAUUCACGCAAGGAAAUGUGAAAAAUAUGUUGGGAUGGAGUACCCCCACGAAGCAGCGUACGACGCCUUCCUCUGUGGGUCAGUUCUUUUGAAAGUGGCACACUUGCUCCUGCAGAGGUUGCACAGCAACAGCCCCAUCCCUGAGCCCUGCUUUUCCCAGUACCUCCAUGUGCUGGCUCCUUACGUGAACCAAGUGAAUCUCAUCCGAGCUGGGGUCCCUAAAAUCAAUUUUCCUGGUCCUGAUUAUCCCGGUAUCCGGCCCCCCAUCCUCAUCCUCAGUGUCAGGAGGUGGCCUGGGGUCAGUGAGCAGCAGGUGUACCAUGAGUUUCACAACCUCUGCAAGUUUGAUGUCAGGCGACUCACACGAAGCCAGUUCCUUCUGCUGACCAAUAAGUUUAAGGAUGUGCGGAAUGUCCUGAAGGAGUACAGGGGCCACCCGACCCUGCAGGUCUCCGUGUAUCGGUACUGGAGACAUUCCCCAAAUGUCAACUGCUUGUUCCAAGUCUGUGGCAUCAUCACCACCUGGGCUGUGCUUGCAUUUCUGCUCGGAAGACCCAGCCCCUGAGCGCAGUUGGCCGCCUGAGCCACUGUCCCGCCUGAGC